AUGAGCGCAGCUGGCCCCGUGGCUCCCGGGGUCCCGGGCUGCAGGGCCGAGGCGAGGCUGGUGGAGCCUGAGCCGGCACACGCGCGCUGCCGGUCUUUCCCCGCUGCCCACGUGUCAGCCAGAAACGGUCUCCGCGUGGGUUUGCAUUCUCCUCGAACGUGGGCCCGGGCGGUGUGUCGUCUGCAGCAGUAUCGUCCCAGCCUGCGGCCCCUGCCGAGAGGCAACUCCCUCCGGUUCAAAAGCAGCAGAGCCCACGCUGGGCCUCCGGAACUCCUCGUCGUCCCCACGGAGUGUGUCACGAAAUGGAAGCAGCUGUCGAGGUUACAGCGGAACGUGGUCCUCUUCCUGCUGGCGUUCCUGAUGCUCUGCGGUCUCCUGUCCUACAUCAGUGUGGCCGACGAGUGGAAAGCCGUGGGCAGCAGGUCGGCAGAAGGGCCGAAGGUGAGACCCGCAAAUCCACCCGUCUUGCCAGCUCCUCGGAGAGCAGCUGAGAACCCGGAGACCUUCGCGGGGGCGUCACCUCAGAAGCCUCCAAGGCAUUUCCGACGGGGACCACCCAACCUGCAGAUUAGAGCCCCCGGCGGAGACGCCAAGGACCAGAGGCAGGAGGAGGCCCAGAGGAGGGCAGAGGCAGCCGGCGCGGCUCGCCGGGAAGACAACGCGCAGGGAAACCGCGCCAGCUGGACGGGCGCAGGGACCGCGCCGGAGCAGCGCACCCAGCUCCCUCCGAGAAAGGCGGAGGCCCCGCCCAGGCCUUCCCCGCAGGCCCUCAGGCCACGGAGCAGUCCAGCCUCGCAGAACGAGCGCCAGAAGGCUGUGGUCGCCGCCUUCCGCCACGCGUGGGCCGGAUACCGCAAGUUCGCCUGGGGCCACGACGAGCUGAAGCCCGUGUCCAAGUCCUUCAGCGAGUGGUUCGGCCUCGGCCUCACGCUGAUCGACGCCCUGGACACCAUGUGGAUUUUGGGUCUGAAGAAAGAAUUUGAAGAAGCCAGGAGGUGGGUGUCCCAGAGGUUAUUAUUUCAGAAAAACGUGGACGUCAACCUGUUUGAGAGCACCAUCCGGAUCCUGGGGGGUCUUCUGAGCGCCUUCCACUUGUCCGGGGAUGUCCUCUUUCUGAAAAAGGCUGAGGAUUUUGGAAAUCGGUUAAUGCCUGCGUUCCAAACACCCUCUAAGAUUCCGUAUUCCGAUGUAAACAUCGGCACUGGAGUUGCCCACCCACCGCGUUGGACCUCUGACAGCACGGUGGCCGAGGUGACAAGCAUUCAGCUGGAGUUCCGAGAGCUCUCUCGUCUCACGGGAGUUAAGAAAUUUCAGAAAUUAAAAUGUCAAUCCUCAAAUUCAUAUGGAAUUGCAAGGGGGGCCCUGAAUAGCCAAAAUAAUCUUGGAAAAGAACAACGUUAGAUGACGCACAUUUCCCAAUUUCAAAACUUCCUACGAACUCACAGUGUUCAAAACAGUGUGGUGUUGUCAUAAGGAUAGACAUAUAGACCAAUGGAACACAAGUAAGGCUCUAGAAAUAAACUCAUAUAUCCGGAGCCAAUUGGUUUUUGCAAGAGUAGUAAGUCUAUUUAAUGGGGGAAAUAAUUUGUCUUCAGCAAAUGAUUCUGAGAAAAUUAGAUUUCCACAUGAAGUUGGAUCCCUACCUCACACCAUAUACAAAAAAUUAACUCAAAAUGAAUCAAUGACCUAAAUAUAAGAGCUAAAAGCACAAAAAAACAUACAGGUUAAUCUUCAUAGCCUUGGGUUUGACAAUGGAUUCUUAGAUAAAACUCCAAAAGCGCAAACAACAAAAGACACAUGUUGGACGUCAUCAGAGUAAAAAUUUUUGUGCACCAAAGGACACUAUCAAGAGUACAAAGGCAACCCACAGAAUGGGAGAAAAUAUUUUCAAACUACAAAUCUGAUAAGGUUUUAAUAACCAGAAUAUACUUUUUAAAACUUCUAAAACUCAACAACAAAGACAAAAACUCUUGAAACUCAACAAACAACAAAACCUCAAAAACAAAAACCCAAUUAACAAAAAACUAAAACUCAACAAAAUGAGGAAUGAAAACAUCUUUUAUAAUGUCAAAAGGGUACAUUAUAUGUUAUGUAUAAUUUAACCCCCCACACACAUACACACACGAACGUGGGCAUAACUGCAGGUGCCGCGUGGGUCAGAGCUGAGAGCGCUGGGACCUGCUUGGGGACACCCCUUGCCCAUUCAAGACAUAUCUCCAAAGAAGAUUUAUAAAUGUUCAGUAAGUACAUGAAAAGAUACUCAAUGUCACUAAUCAGGAAAAUGCAAAUCAAAAUCUCAAUGAGAGACCACUCACACUCAUGGGAUGCUACUAUUAAACAGAAAACAAGUGUUGGCAAGGAUGUGGAGAAAUUGGAACCUUUGUGCACUGCUGGUUGAAAUGUAAAAUGAUGCAAAUGCUGUGGAAAACAGUAUGGAGGUUCCUCAAAAGAUGAAACAUAGAAUUACCAUAUGAUCCUGCAAUCUCACUUCUGGGUAUACCCCCCAAAAAAUUGAAAGCAAGGUCUUGAAGAGAUAUUUGUAUACCCAGGUUCACAGCAGCAUUUUAAACAAUAGCCAAGAGUUGGAAACAACCCAGGUGUCCACUGAGGGAUGAAUGGAUAUGCAUAAUGUGGUCCAUCCAUACAAUGAAAUAUUGUUUACCUUUAAAAAGGAAGGAAAUCCUGACACGUUGUGACAUAGAUAAGCCUUGAGGACGUUAUGCUCAGUGAAAUAAGCCAGACAGAAAAAGACAAAUUCUGUAUGAUUCCACUUACAUGAGGUAUCUAGAAUAGGCAAAUUCAUAGAGACCGGACAAUAGAGGUCACCCCAGGCUGGGGGAUAGGGAAUUGGGAGUUGUUGUUUAAUGAGUGAAUGGUUUCUGUUUGGAAAAAUGAACUCGUUUUAGAAAUAAUGAUGCGUUAAAACCAAUGCAUUUAGGGACUUUCCCUAGUGGUCCAGUGGUUAAGACUCUGCGCUCCCAAUGCAGGGAGCCCAGGUUCUAUCCCUAGUCAAGAGAACUAGAUCCCGCAUGCCGCAACUAAAGAUCCCAUAGGCUGCAAAUAAGACCCAGCGCAGCCAAAUAAA